AUGGCGAGCACAGUUCGCCCCCGGGGUCACCAGCAUGACCUGAAGGCUUCUGGAAAGCUUUCGAACGGCAUGACGCAGGACAGUCAGGAUGGCUUUGAGAUUUCACCCUUCACAACCUCUCUUGUAGCCCUCCAGUUCUCAACGGGCGCUCCUCUCCUCGUUCACCGCGCCUUUCUUGAACAGCAUUCCCUCCUUGCUCUUCUCUGCAUCACCAACUCCGUCGCCUCCCCUAUUACCUCCCCCGCUUUGAGUCCUUCCCAAGGUCCCAGAUCCCUCUCCAGAACCGCUUCAUACUUCUCCUCUCAGCAACCCAACUCUGCAUCCAAUCCUCUAUCUCCAGGUGCCUCGGGAUACGUCAUCAACUUUGCCGACAUUUCCCCCCAGGCCGGCCAUGUCUUGGUCCAAUAUCUGUACUCACCAGACAAAUACCACACCCUCCGGUAUACUGGAUGGCCGGUGAUCCCGGAACGCCAACUGACUGUGAGCCGCUUUCAGACGGCAGUAGAGGUGUAUGGAGCAGCGAAAAAGUAUGAACUCCGCGGGUUGGAGCAACUGGCCAAGAAGGAGAUGCUCGAGUUGGGAGGGCGAUUGGAUGCUUUUACUGUUAUUGGGGUUUUGGAACAACAACCGACUGACAGCGAGGACAAAUGGCUGGACGAGUUCGUCAAGGGCUGGGCGAGAAAGGCAUUUCAAGACCCUGGAAGGGUGUUGAGGGCUCAGGAGGAGGAUGAAACACAGGGACAACAGGAAACGCCACAGGGGAUGGCUUUGGCUAGGAAGUUCAUGAGGGGCUUGUUGGAGGUUUAUGAGGAGAUGAACUCCACCAAGAAACACGAUACCAACGAGCCAGCAGACGACUUCGCGACAGCAGCGACAACACAAGUCGAAAGUCUCGGCCUCGAAGAACCCCUUCCCCAGCCAGCCGAAGUCGAAAUCACAAAGGAGACAUUCUCCAUUGCCACCGAGACGAAGCACGUCGACUUCAACGACAACUCUACUGCCCCUGCCACUGCUACGCCCGUCCAGCAACACGAGCACACCAUCUACCGACCAGUCACCCCUCCUCCUCGAUUUGAGUCUCCCCGACACGAGUUCCACGAACAAGACCAAGUCAAGGAGCUCGAAGCGGACCAGUGGGUGUCCCCUGCCACCUCUCCUUCGUUGGAAGCCGCGCUCGGGUUGCAGCCAGCUGAAUACAAUGAACUACCUACCGACGGAGCUGUAGAACUCUCUCCCAAAUUCUCUCACGAUUUCUCCAUUGAGCGGGAUUCGCACCACGAGCCGGACAGGGAAUCGAUACUGGAGCCGGAGCCGGAGGUAGAAGAGCCAGUCAUGAUUCCAUUGGAUGCGGUUGUUGAUGAUGAUAUCUCGGAAGAGAAGGCGGAGGGAAAACAAGAGCACGAGCAGGACACGCCACCACAUGUUGAGCACAUCGAGCACAGUGAGCCGGAGAUCGCACACAAGCAGGAAACAGAAUACAAAGAGUUGGAGUUGCAGCUUGAGCAUAACGAACCUGAGAUCAAGGAGCCGGAGGCAGAAACCAAAGAGGAGGAAGCAUUCAGCACACCCAUGGAGACCUUGCGAACACCCAUGGAGGGCCUCGUCUACACCUCCGCGCAAAAGGAGCUCGAACGUCCAGUCACUCCCCAACCACGGGAGAGCGUCCAGACACCACCAGAAGGCCUUCGUACCCCCCAGAACGGUCUCAACUCUGAGUCCUUCGCCGAAGAUUCCCCUGCCUCCGUAACCGCCAGCCCCAGCAGCCCCAGCAAGAGCCGCAAGAAGAACCUCAAAAGGAAGGCCAAGUUGGCCGAAGCCAAAAAGCGAGCAUCGGCAACUCUUUCGCCCGUCAUGUCCGUCGCCUCUUCGGACGCAACUCCCUUCGAGAUCCCCGCCCGAGAUAUUGCGUCACCCGAGCCUCUCUCGCUUGAGGCAUCCAAGGACAAACCUGCAAAAGGUAUUUGGAACUGGACACCGUCUUAUGAUGAAGGCAAGGAUUGGAACAAGUCAUUGACAUUUUCCACUUCAGAGGGAAAUAAGGGGCAAUUGGGUAGUACGGGAGUUCUGGGGGCACCUGUUGAGAUCAUUUCCGGAGGAGUUGAUUUGCCUGAGGCUACGAUAAAGAACACUGCGUUUGAAGACGAGCUUACACGAGAGUCUGAUCAGGCACAUCAGGGGCCUUACGAUUCUGAGACUCCAAAGUCUCAGAUGUCAGCGUUUGACCAGGCUAAGCGAGUGCUCAAGAGCAUGAAGGAGCGACCGCAGACUCCCGUUCAACCGGUGAGUGAGGGACACACACCAGGGGAGCAGGCUCCCAUUGAUGAGCUUACCACCAGCCCCAAGUCCCCCAAGAAGAAGCGCAAGGCAAGGAAGAAGACUAUCAAUCCCGCUGAAGAGUCCACAGCUCUAGUCCAGGCAGGGUCUACAACUCAGGCGGCGGAAACGCCAGCCGAAACACCCCAGGAAACACCCCAAGAAACGGCAACCCAGCCGGUUCUCUCACGCCCAGGUCCCGCAAAGCCAACGAAGAAGAAGACGAACAGAGACCGCAAAGACUCCAAACUCUCCCCCGAGCCUACCGAAAUCCUCGCACCCCCGACUUCCAGCCCUUCCAGCCCGGAUAUCCGCUCCUCUCUGCAAUCACCACCACAAUCCCCGCCACAACCGGCUUACAAGAUCUUUUGGCCCUGGGGUUCCAGCAAGCAGGCAAACCAGCCCAAGGACGAGCCGUUGAGCUUGGAUCAGGCACUCGCUCCUGCCCCGAAGUCCGAGCAGAAGAAGCCUGAGCCUGAAACGACCCCGGAGCCAUUGGCGCUUGAGGGCCAAUCGGAUGCGCCCACAGAGCCCGCCAGCUCGCCCAAGAAAAAGAAGACCACAAAGAGGAAGAAGAGCAGCUCAAAGAUCGCUAGUGGUGGUGGUGCUUCUGUCGUGGAACCAGAGCCUGAGACCCAACCGCAACCGCGGGAAAGUGAGGCUGCACCAGAGACUGCCGCUGCCCAAGCGCGGCCCGAAGUUACACAGCAGGACGAGCCCAAGGAUGACAAGGACAACACCAACACCGAGGACAUGGCCCAAGUCGCCCAACCGGGACGGGAUGAGAUGCAACCCGAAGUCCAACCAGUGGUGGAGCACCACGCAGUUCAACCGACGAUCGAGGAACAACAAUCUGAGGCCCAACCGGAACCGACCGUUGUCGACCAAGACCAGCUAUCCUACGACCUUGUGCCGCCCAUUGAGAUCCAGACACACAUUAUCAGCCCUACUGGUGCCAUCAUUGACACCCUUCCCACCAUCCCAGAGGACAUCACCCCAUCAGCUUCGACUAUCAACUUUGCCAACCCAAGCCUGACGGACUCCGUGACAGAUACCCUUUCCAACUCGGUAGCGUUUACAGCUGUGGAGUAUCAGAACUCUACGGCUACGCUACCGCUGCCGGUUGAUGUGGGUGCUGUUGGAGGAGUCCAUGAGCUCGCUGCCGACCGGCCGAUUGAGGCCCAUGCCACGACUGUUGGUAAAGCUCCAGGAGCAGAUGAGGUUGAACUUGUUGGUGAGGAGCCUGAGACUCCGGGAGGAGGUGCACUGCUUGUUGAUGCCCAUGAUGUGGUGUCCAAGCCGGUUGAACCUGUCUCCGAGUCCCAGUCCAAGCCAUCCAAGAUUCCACUUCCCUCUGCCAAGGCAGAUGACACGCCCCCAGGACAACAGACUCCCUCUGAAGGUGGUUGGGGAUCAUGGCUAGGAGUACGGAAGAACAAGAAGAAGGCUGCUGACAAGGACAAGACCGCCGACAAGGACAAGAGCAAGAAGGAUGACGUCAAGAAGACCUUGACAUCCAAGGCCAGCAAGGCUAGUAUCAAGGGUCUCUCCACAGCGACAUCAGGUCCGAGCGCCGAACCGCUCCCUCCCGCCAUUUCCACUUCCGCCGUCCAGCCCAACCCCGAGGCAGCCCAGUCCAAGACACAGUUGACCUCUACUGAACCAACCACCGAGUCUCAGUCUCCCGCCGUCGCCGCCACCGCCGCUGAACCGGAUCAGCUGACCCAACGAGCUCUCAACUCGGUCAAAUCCGAUCCCGAACUCCGACCGUCUACUUCCUCGUCAACUACCACCAACGACGCUGCCAUUCAAGCUCUGAGCCAGAGCCAGACAAGCACUGGCAAGUCUGGUGGAUGGGGAUUCCCGCUUGGUAAGAAGAGGAGGAACACGAGUGCUGCUCAUGGACCUGCCCCGCCGGUAGUCGCUGCAGCAACACCUGCUGCGGCUGCAGUACCAAAGGCCAUUCCCGAAGCGGUGACGUCGACUGUUGGCGGACCAGAGAUUGCGGGAAGUCAGGGAAGCGGUAGUGGUAAUGGAAACUGGAGUGCCACUGGCUGGUUGUUUCCAGGGGUGGGAGGGAAGGAUGGAAAGGACGGCAAGGAGACACAUGGUAAUGGUGAUGGUGCCGGGAAAGGGGGUGAUGCUUCUGGGGAUGACGAUGGGAAGGUAAACGGUGAUGGUGAACAGGUUGAUGUCAAGGGUGUCAGUGAAGAAGAGCAAGACAAGCAGGUUGCGGACAAUGCAAUCGAGGUUGGAGCUAAGGACGAAGACGGCAUGGACAAAGCGAACAACAGCACCGAAAGGGUCAAGGAAGCCAUCACCAACGAAGCUUCCGUCAUUGCUUCCGCCGCUGAUGAAGCCCUGGACAAGGCGUUGAACGCGGUCAGCUCCGUCACCAGCUCCAUCAAGGACGCGGUCAACAACGCCGUGAGCACCGGUAGCGACACCGUCACCGAUCCUUCCACCCUACCCGCCGAACCCGCCGAACCUACCGAGCCCGCCUCUACCGAAGUAGCCUCCGAGCAACCACCCGCGGUUCCUCCUACUGCCGUCACAAAACCCGUCUCAGCUUCGGGACCAUUCAUCACCACCACCUCCAACACGAUUCCAGGUGAAGGCGCAGAGCAGUUUUUUCUUGACCAGCAGCCUGAUGGUAGUAACACACAAGUACAGACCCCAUCCGCGCCUAUCGAGAGUCCUGGAGAUGGGAGUAAUCCCGACGCCCAGAUCACCAAUGUUUCCAUUCUCCCCGCUCUCAGCACGCAGCCCUCUCUCGCCGCAUUCCCCGCUGCUUCCGCUGCCGAUGGAAAUGCAAAUGCAAAUGGGGCGAAAGGGGAGUCAAAAGGGAAGACGGAUGUUUCGGUUGCAACUAUUGCGGAAGUUCAGGGAGAGACUCAGGAACCGUCGCCGGCUGAGACACCGGAUGCUGGGAAGGGACUCUGGUCAGGAGGGAAGGGAGACGGAAAGGAUGGAGGGAAGGAUGGGGCAAAGGGACAGGAGCAGCAGGCACCAUCAAAGCCAAAGGCCAAGACUCGAAGCGAUUCGUGGAGUCUUUGGGGGAUGUCGGGGAGGAGCAAGAGGAAUAGUGUGAGCAGUUCCUAGGGGGCGGGUCUCGUGGUGGAAUGGACUUGAUGAUGGGGUUGAGGGGAGCAAUUCUUUGAUCGUGUUUCUUUGGUUUGUUUGAUUGGGAUUUGGGUCAAGUCAUGGGUCGGAUAUCGGACAUUGCACUCUUCGUUUCUUUUGUCGCAUGCGGGCGGCCUUUUGCUUUUGGUUACUUCUUCCUUUUCUCUCUUUUUCCUGUUCUAUCUCUCUAGCGCGCUUCAUGCAUUUCCUGUUUUUUUUUUUUCGGUCCUCAU